CCCCUUUUUUGGGGGACAUGUCGCAGUGCUCGGAAGUUUUCGUCCAAUUGGAUAAUGCUUUUUAUAUUUUCUAAAAAACGAAGCUAUACUAGGGAGGUUUUUGGGCCACAAUUUCUCAAGAAAGGAAAUUUCCUAGAAAGUGGAAACCCGCCUUUGUGAUCACAGAUCGCAAAAUUAAACUGGAUGCAAACAUCUGGGUGACUCUGUGACUGGGUCCCUUCUUGUUUUACAUAGUAUAUAUAUUUUUUAUCUAAAGUAAUAUAUCAAAUAUAAUAUAUAAAUAAUCAGUUCUAUAUAAAUGGACAAAGUGGAAGAAUUAUUCAAGAAUAUCGGUGAUCCUGGCAAAUUUCAAAUGCUUUCAUAUUUUUGUCUGGCGACCAACCUAGUGUAUGUUAUGUGUAACCAUCUUUUAGCGGUAUUUUUAGCGGCAAAGACACCACAUCACUGUACAUUAGCUGCAAAUCAGACCUUGCGUGAUUUUAUACCUCUUGUGGUGCGAGACACUAAAGAACAGUUCGACGGUUGCUCGAUUUACACAAAACAUAGCGGGAACGAGUCAGAGCCAUGCCGCAAUGGAUGGACAUACAAUUUGGAAGAGCGAGGGAAUACAAUUAUAUCAGAGUUUGAUCUUGUUUGCGAUGAUGCAUAUAAAAGUGAACUAUCAACAACAGUGUACUUUGGUGGAGUUCUGGUUGGUUCCCUCAUUUACGGGUUUCUUGCUGACAAGUAUGGUCGAAAGCCUACACUUGCAGUUUCUCAAUUAUCAGGAGGAAUUUUAAGUUUUGGAGUAUUCAUAUUUCGAAACUAUUAUGCAUUUGUUACCUUGAGAUUUUUCCUUGGUAUCCAAACACAAGCCGCUUUUAUAGUAUCCUUCGUCUUGGCGUUGGAGCUGUUCCAGACGAAGUAUCGUGCACGAGCUGGUGUGUUUUUUGGCAUUAUUUCAGUGACUGGUGGCGUGGUUUUAGGCAUACUUGCAUAUUUAAUACGGGACUGGAGAUAUAUUCAGCUGGCCAUCUCAUUCAUUCCAUUCAUUCAACUACUUUUGUUGUGUUUUGUUCCCGAGUCUAUCCGAUGGUUAAUCGUUCAUAAAAGGUUUGACAAAGUGGAGCAUAUUGUUCGUCGUAUAGUUCACUUCAACAAGUUGCCAUAUCCCGAAGAGAUUAUGCGGAAAAUAGGAGAACUUGAUAUUCAGGAUGGUCUCAAAUCACAGCAUGAUAGAAAGGCCAACGUUUUAGAUCUUUACAGGUCCCCGUCACUGCGAAUGAAAAGCUUCAUUCUGAUUAUUGUGUGGUUCACCAUCUCUGCUGCCUUUUUUGGAUUGGCCUUUAAUAUUUCGUUCCUAUUCGGUGAUAAAUAUGUCAAUUUUUUUAUAAGUGAAGCAACGGACAUGUGUGGUGUCUUGUUGAUGUUUUGGGCGGUCCCAAAGUUUGGUCGUCGGAGGCCUUUGGCGCUCGCGUUCUUGAUUUGUGGAAUAGCGAAUGUGAUCUCAGUUGUAACAACCGCAGUUGAGUCAGAUGCAACCGGAGUUAAAAUUCUGGGAACCGCGACUGCGCUUCUUGGAAAGUCUUCCGCACUUUCCACAAUGAAUGUUGCAGCUACAUUUACUGCUGAAUUAUAUCCGACUGUUAUUCGGAAUAUAAGUCUUGGUGUUAAUAAUGCUUGGACAAGAGUUGGAGGCAUGCUUUCGCCACAGAUAUUCUUGCUGGGCGCGUAUACAGCGACGUUUGUGCCAUUUGCUAUUCUUGGUGUGCUGUCUCUCGCAAGCGCUUUUCUAAUCAUGCUGCUUCCCGAGACCCACAACAAGUCGUUGAUGGACACCAUUCAACAUGAAAAGCGGAAAGAAUAUGCGGAAACCAAAAUCGAAGAGGACGAACGUUUCCAACUCCAAAAUGUAGAGGAAAGGCAAGCUUUCGUGUCAGCGGAGUCAUGAACGUCCCAACUUAACUUUUUUAAUACAUGCUGGAUAAACACAAACCUUCCAUCCCAUCAAGUUUCAUGAGGUAAUUUUUGAUCUUUUUUGCAAUAGCUUGCUCAACACAGCAUAAAGAAUUGAUUACAGUCCAAGUCGUAUGGGUUUAAAAAUUACGGAUUUCAUAUACAUUUAUUACUUUCGAUCUCUUCCAUUCUUAGGUCGACAAAAGAAUACUUGUUCACUUACCAACAGGUGGAUUCUUGGUCAGAAGUCAAGAUAUAAUGAGUAAAUGCGAAUUGCUCUAAAAUAGACUUUGCGUCCGUAGUCACCGACGCCUGGCUUCUUUCGGCUGUUCGAAUAAUAUGUUUGAUAUUAAUAUCCUGUACUGCCCUCCCAGCUUAGCAAAUACACGGACAAAUAGUUCAUUAAUAUAUCUCUCGGGAGUUAAAAUAUUGUUUCGUAAAUUUUUGAACCUUUUUUGCUCUAUGUGAACAAACACGACGUCGCGGGAAAACUUGGCGGACAUUUUUGUAAUAUAACAAUGUAAACAAAAGAGCGGGAGAACUAAAUGCCGGACAGGAAGUUGCGAAACCUUUGUAUGUUAUUGCGAAAUAGCUAAUAAUCGAAUAACAGGGGAUGGUUUGUCAUACUUUUCGACAUCGGUAUGGUUGACAUUUUGUUGCAAAAUUCAACAACAUAUAUUUGCAUUCAACUUUACGUAUUUUGCAUGCAAUUCCAACGUUGAAUAAUUAUAUUCAAGCAAUCAGUUUCAUUCAACUUCAACAAAUGUUGUAUAUUUAUUCAACUUUAAACGUUACAAUGGUGCAUAUGACAGCAUAUCUAUUCAAUUUCAACUGUGAACAUUUGUUCAACUUAAAAACAAUCUCAAAUUCAGGCUUAGACAUUCUAUUUAAAGUUUAAACUAAUAUUUUUUCAACUUCAAGAGUAUAAAAUCAUUCUAAAUUGGCGAAUAUAUAAAUUCUAAAGUAUGUCCGGGAACUUAAGUUCCCGGACAUAGAGUUUAUUCAACAGAUUCGAAACCAGUCCCCGUAACUAAUUUCGCGCCGAAUAUCCAAAUUCCAAAAUGGCGGACGAAGGCGGUCAAGGCCGUACAACAACUUUGCCGUCAAAUGAGCUCGCUGAACUUGUUCGUGACUGUGUUAGAAGCGAAAUGGAACUUCAUCGAUCUGCUCACCAAGGAAAUACCAACUUACUAGCGCGGACAAGAGAUCUCAUUGCUGGUUCUGCAAGAUCAGCUAGCCGAGAAGUUGCGAAUUUAACUGAUACCUUCGCAGAGCAAUAUUAAUACUUUUAAUAGUACGCGCUAAAAAUUACAGAAAACUUUUAACAGACCCGAAAAACUCUCCCCCCCAGCAGAGUUUAUUGUUUAAACCAGGGCCAUCAGGUUUAUUGUUUACACUUAGGGCCAUCUUUUUAUAGGUAUAUUAUUCUCUACGGAAUAAUAAUUGUCUUUCAAUUCCAAAAAUCACAAAAUAUAAAACAAGUAGGUUUGCUAACAGUUUCGUCGUGGCGGUUGGAAGGCCUAUACAACUCUAAUCUUAAGUAGUAAACGAUUUAUGCGUGAUUUAAUUCUUAUUUAGUUUUAAUAGUUAUAGGUGAUAUAGCUUGUAAAUAUUCAGCGCUAGACUUUACUCACAUUAUCAUAUCAAAACACCCAAAAAUUUCGUGUUUAUAGCUUAGUCGCAAAUAAAACAUAUCAAUUAGGAAAAUAUUUUAUCGAGAAAUUAAACUACUUAAUUAAACACUGCAUAGCUGGAUACUUAUGAAAAAUACAUAUUUCAUAAAAAUUUACGUGCUACCGUCAUAAUUAUAUUGUCUACAAAGAUUUUGAAUGUUCGUGAUAACUGUUCUUUUCGAACGAAAUUGUGUUAAGUUCAGCAGUCGCAGUUAAAUUCGCAAGCAGAGACACAGUUUUCAUGCAUAUAUGGUUGAUGGCAUAAUCCACCAUUCUUCCAUUCCAUACACUUCUCGUGUUUGUUGUUACUACAACACGAUUUCUUACAUUCUCUCAGCAUAGCCUCUUUCUCGGAGAAGCAACGUCCUUCCAAAGCAAGCCGCCAACAGUUACUAUGAUUAUCGGAGCAUGAUUGAUCAGAUUCUAUACAACUGUUACGCAAGGCUUCAUAGUGAUUGAGAUACGCAUAUAAAAAUAGCCAUAAAAAUAGAAAUAACAAGAGCAUGACAGGGAUUAGUGAUUAAUUUUUGCCGCAAGACGCCUGAGUAAAUAUAAUUUCGGCCCAUUCGCAACCAUUAAUCGCCUUUCCCUUUCAUGUAUGACAUAUCGUGGGAUUAAAUAAGUAAUAAGGUGAAAAUAAAUAUAAUCCUCUCAGAAUUAAUACCUGGAUAAACAUUCGUAAGUCGUCACUUAUCUUAAUGGUCGCAUUCUUUAAAAAAAGUGUGCGCGCUGUAGGCCAUUCAAGUUCAUAUGUCAAUCAAUUGUGUUAAAAAUGUUGCUCGGUCAAGCAUGUAAUAGAUUACGUCAUCACAAGUUCAAUUCGAUAA